AUGGAGGGUAAAGACAGGUGUAAGAACUUUCCUCGUAUUAAGUAUGUCCGCGCCUUCACCCAGGCCGGCAAAUCGUCCAGAUCUCCUGAUCAAGGGGCGGAUUGCCAUGAUGUCGUGGAUACUCACUGGAUUAACGGUCACCCGACGCCCAUUGCUAACCCCAUGUCGAUGUACCCACCUUACCAGAGUACCCGAAAAUCCUGGGGCAUCAAUGCUCUGGGGUCACUUAUUGUAGAAGUGGAGGCUGAAGACGGUACUGUUGGGGUGGGGGUGACGAUUGGAGGGGAGCCCGGCUGUUUUAUUGUGGAGAAACACCUGAGUCGCUUCCUAGAGGGGGAGGAUCCCAGAAACGUAGAAAAGAUAUGGGACAAGAUGUUUAGAGCCACCCUGAACUAUGGUCGGAAGGGUCUACCGAUCCAAACCAUCAGCGCCGUCGAUUUGGCCCUCUGGGACUUGCUGGGAAAACUCAGACAAGAACCUGUGUAUGCCCUUCUUGGAGGGAAAGCCAGGGAUUUUCUGCCAGUGUACUCCACCACUGCCAGGCCAGAUAUUGCUCAACGUUUAGGCUUUGUUGGCGCCAAAAUCCCUUGCCCUUAUGGACCGUCUGCAGGAGACGAAGGAUUUCGUAAGAAUGUAGAAUUUUUCAAAACCUGGCGUGAAAAAGUUGGAUCGGAAUUCCCUUUGAGUCUAGACUGCUACAUGGCGUUAACUGUUCCCUAUUCUAUCCGUUUGGCCAAAGAAUUGGAAAAGUACGGCAUAAAAUGGAUAGAAGAAUUUCUCCCCCCUGAUGAUUACGAGGGUUAUGCCGAAGUCAAACGAAGUCUGGCUGGCUCCAGUGUGUUACUGACUACAGGAGAGCACGAGUACACUCGAUAUGGCUUCCGGCAACUCAUCGCCUUAAGAUGCGCUGACAUUCUGCAACCGGACAUCACCUGGCUGGGCGGAAUUACUGAAGCGAGGAGAGUGGUGGCUAUGGCGUCUGCGCAUGACACACUCGUAAUUCCUCACGGCUCCAGCGUGUACUCCUAUCAUCUACAGUACGCCUUCCCUAAUUGUCCAGUAGCCGAGUACAUCAACCUGAGCCCAAACGCUGACCAGAUAGUUCCUUAUUUUGGCGGACUGUUCCCAGACGAGCCGCUCCCUAAGGGCGGGAUCAUUGAGCUACCUGAUCGACCAGGGUUCGGCGUAACACUGUGCCCAGACGGACUAAGGCGGCCCUACCCUCGAUCCAAAGCCGAGUCGCACACACAAGCACAACAGAACGCCAGAAAACCUGUUCCUGGAAAACCAUUUAUGCCAUUUUAAAUGACAUUUUAUGGAUGAGAUUUAUAAUUCUGUGUUAUAGUUCACUCGGCGUAUGGCAUAAGCAAAUGUAAGUCCCAACAGAUCUAAUUGUUAAAUUCGAACAUAAAGUUUUCGAACGUAAUAUUCCGUCCAGAUAUUGAUGUUUCUAACUAUCAGCUAUCAGCUGAGCAUAGUGUUGUUUCUUUUCGAGGUUUUAUGUCAUAAUAUUGCUACAUACCAAGUAAAUAUAUUAAUAAUUCCCCACGUACUUUGACGUUGGACAACAAUGGUUAUCCAUUGUUGUUCUCGAGAAAUUCUAGAAUGGUACGAGAUUUAACGGCUGUAUUCCAUUCGUUAAUUCUCCAGUAAACAACAACAAAAAAAAAAUCGUGGUUUGAGUCUGUGUGUAGACACACUGAUACGUGAUGUCUUCAUGCCAAGACAGGGCAACCAAAGGACAGAAAAGUAAAGACUAGCUGCUGACAGGAGGCGAUUGUAUGCCACAAAUUUCCAGGUUUCAACAUCAGGUAUUUCAGAAUUAUUUUAUUUGAAUCCAGGCCAAUAUUCCAUGUCCAAACAGACGGCGUUCCAUAGUGUUUACUGGAGAACAUUUUCACCCGAACAGCACUAAGCCAAUAAAAUGCU